AUGGCUUACAAUCCGUACUACAAUCUGGACGGCGGGCAGGGGUCCGUCAACGACAGGGUGCCACUGCAGCAGCCGCAACAGCACGUUCAGCAGCAACAGCAGCAGCCUCAGCAAGGUUCGCAGAUGAACGUUGGACCAGCAGGGUCGAUGGCGUUCCAGUUGGGCCAGAACGCGUUCUCGAGCUUUAUCGGGCAGGAGAACUUCAGUCAGUUUCAGGAGACAGUGUCCCGUGCCGCAACUGGGUCCGCGUACCUCUCGCACUACUUCCAGGUCUCGACGUCGUUCGUGUUUGCCAAGAUCCGCCAGAUAUUGCUACCGUUCCUCAAGGGGAACAACUGGCAACGCACCCCAGCGGGUGGUCCCAGUGGCAAUGGGGCCAGUGGCACUGGCCCAACGGUCACUUUCCUCUCACCCAUCGAAGAUGAGAACUCUCCAGACAUGUACGUCCCAUUGAUGGCGCUCGUGACGUACAUUCUCGUGUGGAACAUCAAGCAGGGCCUUGCAGGCGCGUUCAACCCGGAGAACCUCUACUACAAGCUGUCCUCGAUCCUCGCCUUCGUCGCCCUCGACCUUUGCAUCCUCAAACUGGGGCUGUACUUGCUGGUGCACACGGCGUCACCAACGGCAAGCGUCACCGAACUUACUUGCUACGUUGGGUACAAGUUUGUCCCCUUGACCCUCGCGCUGCUGCUCCCCAAGAAACCCCGCUGGGUCGGCAUACUGGGCACAGUGUACCUGUUCGUCGCGUUCGGAGUGUUCCUCCUCCGCUCAGUCAAGUUCAACCUCUUCAACGACGCAGUCGCGGAUAUCAUCGGCGUCAAGAAGUCUACGGUCAAGCAAUGCAACUACUUCCUCUUCGUCUACGGCUUCGUCUGGCAGUCCGUCCUCAUGUGGCUCAUGGCGUAG